AUGUCAGGAGCAAAUUGUCCAUGCGGUCGCAACAUCUAUAAACUUCAACAAGAUCUCGUUUCCGCCAAAAUCCUAGAUCGAUUAAAAUACGAGAAAAUUGUGGGAUUAAGGAUCCAACUUUUGGAAGCACACAAUGGGAUCGCUGAACUACAGCGCCAAAAGCGUGAUCUCGAAAAAUCGAACCGAUGUAAUAAGUUGGAUGGUGGAUGGGGUGAAACUCUUCGCGUUCAUAAUACGAAUUCCAAGGGAUUCGAUGAUGGAUGGAGCAAAAAUUCUCGCAGUGAAAAUAAAAAUUCUGUUGACGUUGGCAUUGAAAGCUUAGAUAAAAAAGAAGAAUGGAAGCUUGUGAAAGAACAGUUCAUUUUAAGCAAUGGAUUAGACGAUGAAGAACCUUGGGCUAAAAAACUGAAUCAAUCCACGAAAGGCGUGCAACAAAAUCAUCAUUCGACCUUCGACGAGUUUCGUGGAAACAACAAAUAG